UCUAAAUAUGAAAAUGAAUUAAUAAAACAAACAAAUAAAUAAAUAAUUAUAAAAUUAUAUAUAAGACAAUCUCUUUCUUAUCUCUUUCAACAGAUUUUAUUCUAAUAAAAGCCAUUUGUCAAAACACUACUAUAAUUGAAAAUGUUGUUGAUAUAGUAAAUAAUAAUUUAAAUUUUAUAAAAUUUUAUAUUUCUUAAUUAAUUAUAUUCUCUCUCAUGGUUGAUCUUCUAAGCAUUGCCUCCAUUAGAAAAUUCUGUAAAACUCACAAAUCCAUUCUCAGAAAAUGGUAUAAACACAAUUCAUCUUCUAAGAAAUUCCACACUCAAUUAUUCAAAUCCAAGAAGAGAUCAUACAAAGUUGAGGAUCCGCCUCUGGGUAACAAAAAUAUUAAACAGAAAAAUGAGAACCGAAAAAGUAUGAGCUCAACAGGAUCAUUUCAUAAUCAUAGCUUUAGAUGCAAUAGUCAAAACAACCAAAAUAAUAACAAUAAUAUGUAUAAACACCAAAGUGCAGACAAUUAUUUAUUCCCUAAUAAUUCUACUACUAACCCUAAAAGGAAAAGUUCUAUGGAUUAUUAUUAUUGUAAUUCUAGUUCUUCAUCUCCACCACCUAAUUUUUUUGAAAAAAUUCCAAGUAGUAGACAUAGCUCCAUUAAUAAUAAUCCUAUUAUGUUCUCCAACUCUUCUGGAAUGUUGAAACCACCACCCAUUGAGAAAAAACUCGAGUGCACUCUCGAAGAGUUGUGUUAUGGCUGCCAAAAGAAGCUCAAGAUCACUCGAGACGUCAUUAAUAAUUUAGGAAGAAUAGUACAAGAAGAAGAAUUGUUGACCAUAAAAGUCAAACCAGGAUGGAAAAAGGGAACAAAGAUCACAUUUGAAGGAAUGGGGAAUGAGAAGCCAGGCUCCUUCCCAGCAGACAUAAUCUUCAUAAUCGCCGAGAAACGCCAUCAAUUGUUCAAAAGAGAAGAAGACGAUUUAGAAUUCGCCAUUAGAAUUCCUUUAGUGAAAGCUCUAACUGGUUGUAAAAUCUCCAUUCCUCUAUUGGGUGGUGAGAAGAUGAAAUUGAGUGUUGUUGAUGAUGUUAUUUACCCUGGCUUUGUCAAGAUUGUUCCAAACCAAGGUAUGCCUUUGGCUAAAGAUCAAGGAAAAAGUAGAGGUGAUUUGAGAGUUGUUUUCAUGGUUGAUUUUCCUACUCACCUUAGUGAUGAUCAAAGAUUGGAUGUUCUUAGUAUAUUGCAAAACCAAGGUUGAAUAAAUAAAUAAUUAAAUAAAUAAAAUUCAAUGAUGUAAUUGAUUAUUGUAACUAGGGGGUUAAUUAUAUCUUGAAGAUUAUUAUUGUUGUUU